AUGUUACAGGUUCGAGAUUACUCCUUUAUUGACCUACACAAUGCGAAAUUCCUCAUCAGUAGUUUGUUUGGUGCUUACAUAACCUACUAUUUCUUCGCUGUUCGUUCGGUACCCUCCACCAUCAAUUUAGAGGUCGUGGACCUUGCAGAUGGCGGAGAAGUGACGCUUUCGUGGGUUAACUUUGAUGGAAUGGCUGAUGACACUCCCAUCGUAUUUUUAUUCCCUGGUCUAAAUAGCUGUAGCUGUAGUGCCUAUAUUAUCAGCAUUGUGAGAGAAAUCAGUCAAUGUAAAUACAGAUGUGUUGUUUUUAACAAUCGUGGAACAUGUCGACGAAAGUUGAAGACUGCUCGAACCUACUCCGCUUCUUACACUUCCGAUGUCGCUUUUGUUUUGAACUUCAUUGGAAACCGAUACCCAAACGCACCGAUGAUUGCAGUGGGUUUAUCUCUGGGCGCCCUCAUUAUCUUUAACUACCUGGCGGACAAGUCCGGGGACUGUGAAGCAAAGUGUCCCCUAAUUGCUGCAAUGUGUAUUUGCAUGCCUUGGGAUGUGUUAGAGUCAUCAAAUGGACUGGAGAAAUUGCUGAACUUCCACCUCUUUAAUAAGCAUCUCGCUCGUGGGCUCUGUCGAGUGGUUAAGCGAAAUGCAGACGUACUAUCGAGGGAGUACGACGUUCCACGCAUCCUGAAGAGUCGCUCUGUCCGUGAGUUCGACGAGAAUCUGACGGUAGACAUGUUUGGCUACAAGUCAGUGGAUGAGUACUACGCUGACGCCUCUCCUGCCACCAAAAUUGAUCGCGUACGCAUUCCCAUUCUCUGUCUCAACGCCGCUGAUGAUCCUUUUGUGCCCUUCAGCACGUUGCCUUUGGAUGCUGUGUGCGGAGCAGACAGUCGCGUUGUGCUUGCGUUGACACGUCACGGUGGGCACAUGGGCUUCCUCUCAGGGCUCUCGCCUACGGGUUUAAAUUUGGUGGAUCGUGCAGUGCCUCAGUUCGUAUCUGCUAUCUUUGAACACACUGAAGAGUUUGCUGUUGCUGCUGCUGCUGCUGAUGCUGGAGGAGAUAUUGGUCCUAGUGAAAGCGAUCCAGCCGAAGAAUCCACCUCGACUUUGGAUGGCGGAGAAAUGACACUUUCAUGGAGUAACCUGGAAGGAAUGGAUGAUGGUACACCUAUCGUUGUUCUGUUACCCGGUUUAACUGGUUGUGGAUGUUGUCAUUACAUAGCAAGUCUUGUUAAGGAGAUAAAUCAGUGCCAAUACAGAUGCGUUGUGUCCAAUAACCGUGGAACAUGUCGUCACAAACUUAAGGUGAGCAAGAUUCGAAUUCACGCUCUCAUUCGAUGCAGACACCACAAACUUACUGUGCUGCACACACCUCUGAUGUGGCCUCGGUCUUUGAUCACAUUCGAAACAGAUAUCCAGAUGCACAAAUGGUCGCAGUGGGUCUAUCUCUUGGGGCUGCAUUUUUUGACCAAUGGAGAAUCCACUUUUAGCCUCCUUGUCUUCAACUACCUGGCAGACGAACCUCAAGAUCGUAAGAAACCUUGCCCACUCGCCGCCGCGAUGUGUGUGUCUAUGCCCUGGGACGUGUCACAGACAUCUGACAAGUUAGAAAAAUCGUUGGACUGGCUCCUUUUCAACUAUCCUCUUACUCAUGGCCUUCGUCGAUUGGUUAUGAGAAAUGCCGAUGUGUUGUCGAAAAAAUAUGACGUUCCACGCAUUCUGAAGAGUCGCUCUGUCCGUGAGUUCGACGAGAAUCUGACGGUAGACAUGUUUGGCUACAAGUCAGUGGAUGAGUACUACGCUGACGCCUCUCCUGCCACCAAAAUUGAUCGCGUACGCGUCCCCAUUCUCUGUCUCAACGCCGCUGAUGAUCCCUUUGUGCCCUUCAGCAGUGAGUUUGUUUGA